ACCGAACAAUUUUAAUUCUAGAACAGUUCUUUGUCGGGCUUAAUUGUAAUCGGGGUUUUUAAAAUUUUACUCUCUUUUUUACAGUUACGAACCAUUUAAGUACUUUUUUAUUAUCGAAUUUUCUCGUUUAGGAGAAUUAAAUACAAAAAAAUGAGUUAUAAAAAUGGUAUUUUGAUUUUUAUGAUUCUUUGCGCGUUAUUUGUGAAAUUAAACGGUGAAUUUUCCGAUUGUGGUUCAAAAAUGGGAAAAGUCGAUUCAAUAUCAGUAACAAACUGCGACGCAGAUGAUGACAAAUGUAUUUUACGUCGAAAUUCGAACGUUACCAUUCAAAUUCAAUUUACACCACAAAAAGAUAUAAAAGAAUUAAAAGCCAUCGUUCAUGGUGUUAUUAUGAACGCCCCAAUUCCUUUUCCUUUACCCAACGGAAAUGGAUGCGUCGAUUCUGGAGUUACCUGCCCCUUAACAUCUGGUACUUCUUAUAAUUAUUUCACAACUUUACCAGUUUUGAAAGAAUAUCCACCUGUUUCCGUUGAUGUUAAAUUUGAAUUAAAAGAUGAAAACGAUGAAGAUAUAACUUGCAGUAUGAUUCCGUCGAAAAUUAAAUAAUGAAGUAUAACAUAACAGAUAAAAAUAGUUUGUAAGUUUUUGAUGAAAUUAAUAAAUAAAAAACUUGUUCAAAA